AUGAAAUUCUCUAAACUACUCCAAAAAAAUUUUUAUCCGUCAUUUGGAUCAAGAGAAAUAACUUCAAUCGUAAAGCGUCAACUCACUUCAAAUCCUUUUUUUACCGCGUCAACCUUUCCUCAUAUUGAUGCGCUGAUCGCACAUCCUACCAAAUCAACUCUAUUUCCCCUUCGCUAUACCAUCUAUCGCUCUUUCCAUUCAUCGAAAAAGACGUUAAACCCUCAAUCGUCUAGGCAUAAUAAAUACCAAAGUGUUUCUUCAAUUAAACACUUACCAUCUUCUCAUUCUGUCUUAAGCUUUUUAGACAAAUCUUUUUCUUCUCCACAAAAUUCUUUAUCUUUAAUACACGGUGCUUCCGGUAUAGCUAAACAUAGUAACAAUUUUGUAUCUACUGUUAAUGACAAACAAUAUUUCAGUGUUUGUUGUGGUGAAGAUAGUUUUUUUAGACGACAUGAUUCUUUAGGCGUUGCAGAUGGUGUUGGUAGUUGGCGCAAUGUCGAUUCUGACGAAUUUUUAAUAGCAAAUUCAGCUUUAUAUUCCCGGAAGUUAAUGCAUUAUGCGUAUACAGAGCUUGAAAAGUAUAAUAAUGUUAAGGAUGUUAACCCAACAAAAAUUAUGCAAGCAAGCUAUGAACAGAGUAUACGUGAUUGCACAUUAGAGGGUGUCGUUGGUUCUUCGACUGCAUUAAUAGCAGUUCUACGAGAUGAUGAACUUCGGAUAACAAACAUUGGUGAUUGUGGAAUAUGUGUUAUUCGUCAUAAUAAUAUCAUAUUCAGAAACGAAGAGCAGCAACACAGCUUUAAUUAUCCCUUCCAAUUAGGCAUUUAUUCUUAUGAUAAACCGAAAGAUUCUCAAGAAUUUACGAUUAAAAUUCAAAAAGGAGAUUUGAUAGUUAUAGGAUCUGAUGGUAUCUUUGACAAUUUAUUUGAAGAUGAUAUACUCGAAGAAAUUGCUCAAUUUAAUAAUCCUCAAAAAGGUGGUCUAAGAGUAGAUCCUCAAGUGAUUAGUGAUUCACUUGCAUGGCGCGCUAAAGCUGUUAGUGAAGAUGUUAAUAAUGUAAGCCCUUUUCAAAGUCGUGCUAUGCAAGAAGGGUUAUACUAUCAAGGUGGAAAGGAAGAUGAUAUAAGUGUAUUGGUAGCUAGUGUUAUAUAA